GUAGCCUGGGUAUAAACAAUCCGUGUCGGAUACUUUCCUUUUACUUUUGUCGACGUACCGCGAAAACCCGGCAUUUUUAUCUGAAAUACCUAGGUAUGCUUAGUGGGAGUCCCACCGAAAGCUCUAUGCGGUAAAAAGACCAUGUUUUAAAGGGAUCUUACAUUGAUUUUCUAUGUUUUACCGCCAAGAAUAGUCUCAUUGUCGGCACUGUUUUAAACUAUAAAAUGGCGGCUUUCGCUCCUGCUUUGGGACAAAGCUUACGUUCUCGGCCGCCGAGGAAUUCUUCGGGGCAACAAGGCUCCCCUAGACAGCUAGAAUUUGGCUCUGCCAUGAAAGACUUCAAGUCAAUGUUCCCAGAAAUGGACGAUGAAGUGAUUGAAGCCGUUUUACGAGCGAAUAAUGGUUUGGUCGAUGCGACUAUAGAUCAACUCUUGACCAUGGGCGCCGUUUCCGGAGAGAACUCUACUAAUUCUUCUGAUUUGCCGUUUCUGCCUUCCUAUAAUGAUACCGAGACACAAGAACCUCCGCCUGCUUAUACUCCUAGAGAAGGAGCGUUAAUAGAUGUGGAGGACUCUGAGCCUAGGCCUCUGCCGGCUCGGCCUUAUUCUGCAUGGAAUCCACCAUUACUUGGUACUUUGCCAGAUGACUUCUUACGACUCGGCCCCUCUUCAAUGCAAGCAAGAGUUCACCCAAACCCUCCUAGCCAAACUACUCCUAAACAACAGACCACUGCCGAGCAUGAUUUGGAGCAAUUUCUUGAAGACGAAAAACUCGCCAUGAUUCUACAGAAUGAAGAGUUCAUGCGUGAGCUUCGACACAAUUCCGAUUUUAUGAUGUCACUCGAAAAAGACAGACAACAGACACAGCUAUCCAGUAAAAAUGCCAGUGCUACGUCACAAAUUCCAUCAAGUGUUCCAUCACUUCCUGCGCCACCACUACCAGACACCCUACCAACACCUGUCAGCUCACCGUAUGUAGCUUCAGUGAGCACAAGUGAUCAUAAUGAUGAGGUGCGAUCUGAUCCAGCACCCUGCCUUGGUGCUACUGCCAGUCCAACACCCCACACCCACCAUGAUGACAUCAUGCUACGGGAGAAGCUAAGACACAUGGGCAAGAGCACAAGAAAGAAGUUUGAUAAGAUAGCAAGAGUGUUCCAAAGGAAGAAAAACACUCAACAAGUCAACUUAAUCAAUGGAAGCUCUCAAUCAACAGCAAAUCUUCUGGAAGACUAUGAGGAUGACGAUGAUGAUGAUCUUUUAAAUGUGAUGGGAGCAGGGCGACUAGAGAUAAUGGAUGAGAAAGCUGAGGAUGACUCAGAUCUGGCCUCAAGGGCACACAUGUCCAAUCAAGCCACUGGUCAGCCCAAACCUAAAGUCACUUCAUAUGAGCCAAUCGUAUUCUUUGCUGAGGACAACGAGUUUGAAUAUAAAAAUGAGAAAUAGUACAGGUUAUUGCUAGCAAAGAUAUUAUAAUGUAAUAAGAAAAAUAUGCAAGGAUUCACACAGAAUAUUUCAUCUCCCAUGUGUAGAAUUGGCUUUAUCCUUCAUGGCACAGUUUUUUUAUUCUAAGGGCCACGCCUAUAUCUUUGCAUCUUGUGGUCACUCUGCCAUAUACGAAGGUAAUACCAAGUUCUAAUCAGUGGUACCCCAGCUUUUGGAAGCAUGAAGUUAUGUGUAAAGUGCAACAAGCAAACAAAGUUUCCUUACAAUGAUUUUUCAGCUCUGUUGAGCAAUGUCAUCUCUUGCUAAAAAUUAUAUAGGAUUUCUGUAAAGAGAAUUUGUUAUUGCUAAAUCAAGUGUCAACAUUUGCAUUUGUACAUGUUGUCGGUGUCUAUUGAGCAAUGCAAUCUUGUGGGGUACGGGGACAUGUGUCUCCUGCCAAAUAUGUACAAAAAUUAUAAGGAAAUGACCAGUAGGGGUGUGGCUGUGCCGCCCCAA